AUGUCGAUUGGGCAACUCGUUAGAAAGUUCUCUCCCACAAAAUUGCCAGUGAAGGUUAAAGCAGGUUUUCUCGGAUCAGUGAAACUUAAGGUUCCGUGGAGUAGGCUUGGCCAAGAUCCUGUUUUAGUAUAUUUGGAUCGCAUUUUCUUAUUAGCUGAACUUGCAACACAAGUUGAGGGAUGUAGUGAAGAUGCAGUCCAAGAAGCUAAGAAGAGCCUAAUACAGGAGACGGAAUUGAAACUGUGGGAGAAGCCACAACAAAUACAGUCAGAAAUGAAUAAGUCAUGGUUGGGAUCCCUCAUCAGCCCCAUUAUUGGAAAUUUGAAGCUUUCAAUUUCUAAUAUUCACAUCAUAUACGAAGACAGUGAGAGCAAUCCAGGGCACCCAUUCGCAGCUGGUGUUAGUUUGGAAAAACUCUCGGCUGUGACAGUUGAUGAUAGCGGGAAAGAGACUUUUAUUAUUAGUGAAGUUGCUGAUAGCAAAAAACCAUUGCUGACGGCUGUUGUGAAUUUGGAUGAUGUUACAAUCAGCUUAUCUAAGGAUGGAUACAGAGAUAUGAUGAAAUUAGUAGACAACUUCGCUACAUUUAAUCAACGUCUAAAGUAUGCUCAUUUCCGUCCACGGGUGCCAGUAAAAGUUGAUUCCAGGUCUUGGUGGAAGUAUGCUUACAAAGCUGUAUCUGAUCAGAUGAAAAAGGCAAGUGGAAAAGUGUCAUGGGAGUAA